AUGGAGUACAACAUGAUCACGAGCCUCAUAUUCUCCUUACCAAAAUGGUUGUAUUCCCAUAUAUGGCUCUCAGACAUAGCCAUAGGACUCCUUAUUGUCUUCAUCUUCAACUCAAUAGUUCAAAGACUCACCACAAAGGGUCCUAUGACAUGGCCGGUUUUUGGCAUACUUCCAACGGUACUCUUACAUGUGACCCACAUUUAUGAAUGGGGUGGCGAAGCUUUGGUCAAAUCUGGUGGAAGCUUUUACUAUAGAGGUAUGUGGAUGGGUGGUACCUAUGGGAUUGCCACGUGUGAUCCUGAGAAAAUCGAGUACAUACUCAAAACAAAUUUCAAGAACUACCCGAAGGGUAAAGCUUAUAGGGAAAGAUUUUAUGAUUUUCUUGGAGAUGGGAUUUUUAAUGCUGAUGAUGAGUUAUGGAGGCAACAACGUCGUGUGGCUAACUCUGAGAUGCACUCAACUCGCUUCACACAAUUCUCCAUGAACGCCAUCAAAACGUUGGUGCAUGAGAAGUUGUUGAAGCUUUUAGAGGCGAAAAAAGGGUGUGUUAUUGAUUUACAAGAUGUACUUCUUCGUUUCACUUUUGACAAUACUUGUGCUGUGGCAUUUGGUGUUAAUUCGGGGUGUUUGGAAGUUGAAUUACCAGAGAUACCCUUCGCCAAGGCAUUUGAACAAGUGACUUACGCAAGUUUGCUGAGGUUCUUGAUGCCUCCAUAUGUGUGGAAACCAAUGAAGUUUUUCAGAUUAGGGUUUGAGAAAACACUACAUGAAGCUGUCAAAAUUGUGCAUGGUUUUGCUGAGAAAACAGUAAAAGAAAGAAAGAUGGAAUUAUUAGGUAACAAGGAGGCUAUAAAUAACAACUCAAGGUGUGAUCUUUUGUCAAGGCUUAUCAUCAUGGAACAGGAUAGACAAGAAGUGUUUUUUACUGAUAAACUACUUCAAGAUUUCUGCAUAAGUUUCAUCUUAGCAGGUAGAGACACCAGCUCUGUUGGACUAGCAUGGUUCUUUUGGUUAAUUACCAAAAACCCAUCAGUAGAAACUCGAAUACUCGAAGAAAUCCAUCAGAUUUUACAACAAAGAGAAAACCCCAGCAAGGAAAAUCAAGAAAACACAACCUUCACAGAAGAAGAGCUAAAGAAAAUGGUAUAUCUGCAAGCAGCAAUAACAGAAUCCUUACGACUAUACCCUCCUGUCUCAUUUGACCACAAAGAGCCACAAGAAGACGACAUGUUCCCUGAUGGGACCCCAAUCGAAAAGGGUGCACGAAUAGUAUACGUCAUGUAUGGCAUGGCUAGGAUGCCGACCAUAUGGGGUAAAGAUUGUUGUGAAUUUAGGCCUGAAAGAUGGAUCAGAGAUGGUGAAUUCAUCAGCGAAAGCCAGUUCAAAUACACGGUGUUUAAUGCAGGUCCACGGUUAUGUGUGGGCAAAAAGUUUGCAUAUAUGCAGAUGAAAAUGGUGGUUGCUUCGAUUCUAUGGAGGUACACAAUAAAAGUGGUCAAAGGCCAUAAAGUAUGUCCAAAAGUAAACACUACACUCUAUAUGAAACAUGGGUUGUUGGUUACACUGGAGCCUAGGGCCAAGUUCAUAGAUUGA